AUGUUAUGGGUUUUGACUUUUUGCAUUUUCAAACCAUUUAUGUUACAGGAUGUCUGGCCUGACAUGCGGAUGCUCGAAAAUCAGCUGCCUUUCUUCAUUCUCGACAAGCUUUUCCACCCACUCAAGAUGAAACUCUCUCUGGAGGUUUCAAUUAUCGAUCUUUCUCACCAUUUCUUCAAAAUCCUAAUGCAUAUAGAUGUAGCAGAUACAACUUUAGCGACUAUAGAUCCUCAAGAAGUGGUACAUUUUGUUGAUUUUGUUAGAAAAUUAUAUCCACUACCACCAUGGCAGUCAGUCAGAACCGAAAAUCGAUGGCUACUGAAAAACCUGGCAGCCCCGAACAUGACACAGCUAUCCCGAGCAGGGGUCAAGUUUAGGGUUGGAUCAAUUACAAAUAUGUUCGACGUCAGGUUCGACUUAAACCACGGGGUUCUGGAAAUGCCAAAACUCACUAUAAGUGAUCAAACGGAGGUUACCAUCACUAAUCUCAUUGCCUUCGAACAAAGCCAAUGCAAAGACCAGGAGUACAUAAACGACUAUUUCUUCUUCCUAAACGGACUCGUGAAAACCCCUCAGGAUGUGGACUUGCUAGUCCGUCAUAGAAUUCUGGACAAUAAGCUAGGUGACAGCAAGAAGGGUUGUGCUCUGAUUAAGAACCUCGUCGAUGGUGUGGUGGACUACUCCAAGGACUCGUUCUAUUUCACCAGUCUUUGCAAUGACCUGAAUAGCUACUACAAUAUGAGUCGGCACCAAUGGAAGGAAUACUUGGUCACACAUUUUUUCAACUCACCUUGGGCAACUAAGGAAAUCAUUGCCGCAGUUAUUUUCCUCAUUUUUACUCUCAUACAGACUGUGAUCUCUGUCUUGUCCUAUUGUCACGACCUCAAGAGUAAAAAUUAGAGUUGGCUUGUUGUGUUGCUACUUGUACCAUUAUGUGUCAUUUGUUUUUGGAGAGGCUUCACCGUUCUGUAUCUUCCUUUUAACGGAGAAUAUUCAUAGCACCAAUGUGCGGUUCUACCAACUCAAACGGACAGUUAGAUCCCGACUUCAGAUUAAUACAACAAUCAGAUCAUGAUAAAAACUUGUUGUAAUCCAGUAAGGUUAUUGUGAAUUUGUGAUAGCAAGUAAAUCAUAUCAUGAUAAAUUCGAAAUUUAUGAGA